AUGGCGGACGCGGACGAGUGGACGGUCGUCGGCGCCAAGUCGCGUCGGAAGAUGAGCGGGAGAUCCUUCGAGGCGCUCCAGCGCGCGGCCGUCGCGGGCGCUCAAACCGCCGCGGAGGACGCGCCGGGGAUGACGACCGAGCGAGCCGCCGCGGCGUUCGAGCGCGCGAGGCGAGAGGUGGAGGCCGCGCCGUUCCUCCCAGCGCUCCUGCGCGCGCUCGAGCCGUCGACGAGCGACGCCGACGACGCUACUAACGCCGCCGCCGCCGACGCCGCUGACGCGACCGACGACGCGAACGACGCCGCGCGCCGCCGCGCGUUCCCGCGCCCGGACGCCGUGGUCGUCCUCGGCCUCGGAUCCCCCAGCGCGAGCCUCGUCUCGCGGUACCAGCUCGCGCUCGCGCUCGCGCUCGCGGAGCGCUUCGACGUCCCGCGCGCGUCCGUCGCGCUCUACGACCCGGCGUUUUCGCCCGUCGACGUCGCGCUGUUGACGCGCGUCCUCGGCUGCCGCGCGAUGACGCGCGAGGCGUCCGACGCGAUCGCGGGCGACGCCGCGACGCCUCGGACGACGCCGACGAUGUUUUUCAUGCCGCACUGCGAGGCGUGGCUGUACGAGAACGUCUUGAGGGCGCACUGGGGACGCGCGGGGAGGGAAGCGAAACCGCCGUUGCGCGCGCACUCGUUUUGCGGGAACACGUUUGAAACGUACGUCGAGCGGUGGGCGACGCGCGGCGGCGAUCCGAAGCGCCCGAGGCGCGUCCUCGCCGCCGCGGGGUUGAUAGGAGACGUUGAGCGCGGCGGGAUCGCGGUCGAGGUGGACCCGACAGGGAGCUUCGACGGGCGAGGCGCGUUCAACGACACGAGCGUCAUGGUCGCGGGGGGCGCGGGAGCGGCGCUUCCGGAGGUGUCCGACGACGACGACGACGAAAGUCCUUAA